AUGGCCAUAACAACCUUCCCAACCGUCGAGAAGUGCGCAUCGAUCGGCCGCGAAAAGGACACGGUGGUGGCGGACCUGGACGGAACAUUGUUAAGAGGCCGUAGCUCAUUCCCAUACUUUGCCUUAGUUGCAUUUGAAACUGGUGGUGUUUUAAGGCUCCUAUUUGUGCUCUUAGCUUCACCACUUGCUGGAAUUCUCUACUACUUCAUCUCCGAAUCCGCCGGAAUCCAAGUUCUUAUCUUUGCAACAUACGUUGGCAUGAGACUCUCCGAUAUCGAAUCGGUGGCACGUGCAGUUUUGCCGAAAUUCUACUCUAGUGAUCUACACCCGGAGUCGUGGCGCGUGUUCUCGUCUUGUGGUAAGCGUUGCGUACUCACAGCUAAUCCAAGGAUUAUGGUGGAAUCGUUCUUGAAAGAUUCCUUGGGUGCAGAUAUGGUAUUGGGGACUGAGAUAGGUACGUAUAAGGGUAGGGCUACAGGGAUUGUGUGUAAGCCAGGAGUGCUUGUAGGGAAGAAAAAGGCUGAUGCUCUUCGGAGUGCUUUUGGAGAGACUCAGCCGGAGAUUGGGCUUGGUGAUCGGCAUACUGAUGUUCCAUUCAUGGCAUUGUGCAAGAAGGGUUACAUUGUGCCACCAAAGCCAGAGGUCAAGGCUGUGACAAAUGACAAACUACCCAAACCAGUCAUCUUCCACGACGGCCGGCUAGUCCACAAGCCAACCCCUCUUCUUGCUCUCCUCACCAUUCUUUGGAUCCCCAUCGGUUUCCUCCUCGCCUGCCUGCGAAUCGCUGCCGGCUCUCUCCUCCCCAUGCCUCUAGUGUACUACGCUUUCUGGGCCCUCGGCGUCCGUGUCACCGUCAAGGGCAACCCACCACCGCCGGUGAAAAAAUCCACCGGCCAAUCCGGCGUCCUCUUCAUUUGCUCUCACAGAACCCUCCUCGACCCCAUCUUCCUCUCCACUGCCCUCGGCCGCCCCAUCCCCGCCGUCACUUACUCCGUCUCCCGCCUCUCCGAGAUCAUCUCACCCAUAAAAACCGUCCGACUCAGCCGAGACCGCGCCACCGACGCAGCCAUGAUCAAAAAACUUCUACAAUCCGGCGACCUAGCUAUCUGCCCCGAGGGAACAACUUGCCGUGAACCCUUUCUUCUCCGAUUCUCUGCGCUUUUCGCUGAAUUAACCGAUCAGCUCGUUCCGGUAGCUAUGGUGAACAAAAUGAGCAUGUUUCAUGGAACAACUGCAAGAGGGUGGAAAGGGAUGGACCCAUUUUACUUCUUCAUGAACCCUAGUCCAGCGUAUGAAGUUACAUUCUUGAACAAGUUGCCUAUGGAAUUAACAUGUAGUUCAGGGAAGUCUAGCCAUGAAGUAGCGAAUUAUAUACAGAGGGUUAUUGCUGCGACUCUUUCAUAUGAGUGCACUACUUUUACAAGGAAAGAUAAGUACCGUGCACUCGCCGGAAAUGAUGGGACGGUGGUGGAGAAACCUCUGCUCAAGCCCAAUAAAGUUAUGGGGUGUUAAUGGUUUCGUCAAUGGAUACCCUUAGAAUGAAGAAAUUGUUUAUGGAAGAUUUGAAAAUACAUCUCCUCCUCGUGGUUA